UAGAACUUGGAGAAAGAUGGCCGCAGUCCAACCAUAUCAAAGAGUUCUGCUAGAAAAUCGCGAUAUUUUACUCAAUGAUUUAAACACAGACGAUAUCAUCCCUCUGCUUUUCCUAGCCAAGGUUCUCAGUAAUAARGAGAUCGAUGAUAUUGAGAUAGGACGAACGAGGAGAGAAAAGACUGAGAGUCUCUUGGAUGUUCUGCAUUACAAGGGAGAAAGAGGUUUUGAUGAGUUCUGCAAAGCUUUGGAAGAAACGUUUCCACAUUUAGCCUCAAGGAUGAGUAGAAGAGAAUCCCAGACAGAGCGCUCAGAAAAAUACCACAACGAGCAAAACUUGAGCUCAAGGUAUUCCACUUCGUACUCGGAACACGAGAGAAGCCAUCGAGAAAUAAACGGAGACGAUUUUCAUCGUAUAUCUGAGCAUUCUUCAGAGAGAGUUAUCGGUUCAGAAAGACCUACCGAUAUGAGAGGCGAUCCGGAACCUCAGUACGCACAGGUUACUAAAAGACCUAAAGAUUCCUCACUAAUGGAUAGCAGUAGAAGAGGAGAAGAUAACAGGUCUGUAAGCUCCUACCACAGCCAGAGACAUGACCGAGAUAGAGAUACACGGUCUCUUGAUGGAGACCGAAGAAGAACUCCUCGAAGAACUAUGGACGAAGUGAACCCUUCAGAAAGCUACAUCUAUGAGAAAAACACAGUCGUUGUUGAAAAGGCCAACACCAGUCAAGGGUUUGGUAUUGCUGUAUCUGGUGGCCGUGACAACCCUCAUUACAAAACAGGAGACACCUCUAUAGUCGUAUCUGAUAUUGUCAAGGGAAGCCCAGCUGAUGGACUGCUAAGAGUCAAUGACGUAAUAGUCCAGGUAAAUGAUGUCAAUGUAGAAAAUGUCUAUCACAGAGAUGCUGUACAGGCCUUGAAGGACAGUGGAGUCAGUGCAAGACUGAUAAUCAAGAGGAGAAAGGCAAUGCCAGCUCUUCCCAAAAAAAAUGGUUCGCUUCCAACCACCGUCCAUCUUAGUCGUGAACCGGGCAGGGGCUUUGGUUUCUCUCUUGCGAUGCGUCUUUACAUCAAGGAUAUUGAUCCUAAAGGCUUGGCCUUCCAUGAAGGAGAGUUGGACCCAGGUGAUGUCAUUCUCAAGAUAAAUGACAGGAAAGCAGAAGAGCUAAAGCUUAGAGAAGCAAUUGAACUUGUGCGCAAAUCAGACCACCUUGAGCUUGUUGUUGCCAAACACAAAAUGGACAACUUAAACCUGAGCACUCGUUCGCUGCCGUCAGCAUUGCACAAGAAAGGUUUCAAUUCCAAACCAGUUGAGAAUGGAGUUGAUGACUCRCGCAAUGACAAAGAUGAUGUAGUCGUUGAAAGACGGCGUGCCAAGUCCAUGGACAGGGCAUAUAUAAAGAAUCAAAGACGUUUGAGAACCCCAAGUGACAAUGAAGAUGUAGGCAGAGGACGCUCUAGGUCUGUGGACAGAAAUGGACAUGAAGUCCAAAGCAGUUUUGAAAUACCCAAGGAAGCAGAUAAAAAACUCAACGAAUUUCCUGUCAAGGAGCCUGAAGGGAUCCAGAGUGAGAAACCAGUCAUUGAGCAGGCUGUCGUCAAACAAGAAGUUAAAACAGAGGAAUCUGUGCCAGAUUUGCCACCCAGACGUUACAGUGAUGCAGAAGCGCCAAAACGACCUCUGCCACCAGAUGAAGAAGACCGAGGAGGUGCUCCAUUUUCUUCAUCUUCAUGGAAACGACUGGAUAAUGAACGUCCUAAGGAGGAAGAACACAGAGCAAGAGAGCCUGAGAGACGAGAUUAUGUCCCACAGCCAGCUGAUGUGACUCGAACCGAGGCAACAAUGGACCUCAGCAUGAAGACAUGGGAUUCUCUUUCACCCGGCAGGACUCCCGCUCGUGAGUCUCCCGGCAGCACACCACAAAGUCAAAGAAGAGAAAAACCACGAGAUUACUUAGCUGAGAAAGACACAAAGGUAAUUUCAUUCCGUAAAGAAGGCAGCCUGGGAAUUCAAAUCCAGGGAGGUAACAAGACCGGGAUCUUUGUUGCUGCAGUACGUGAAAGUAACCCAGCACAUCGACAGGGAUUGAGGCGAGGCGAUCAGGUUCUAAUGGCAAAUGACAUUGACUUCAAAGACAUUACACGCGAAGAAGCAGUUCUGUUGCUUCUGUCUCUUGGAGAUGAUGUCCGCCUUCUUGCGCAGCCAAAGAUUUCAACUUUUGAAAGAAUUAAAAACAGCCCAGGAGACUCCUUUUACAUCAAGGCCCAUUUCGACUAUGCCAAGAUGAAAGAAGAUGAGCUUGAUAUCAACAGGGAGGAUGUUUUUCACGUGUGGGAUACGAUGUAUGGUGGUAUGAUUGGUUCUUGGCAUGCGCAGAGAGUAACAUUGAACAAUGAAGAAACCGAGACAGGUAUCAUCCCUAACAAGUGCAGAGCUGAACAGCUCGGACAAGUCCGUCAAGUUGAAGAAGAUAAAACGUCUUCCAAGAAAGCAAGCCGUACCAACUCACUCAAGAGAAAAGAUUCUCGCGGAGGGACAUUGAAAAAAAACUACUUGUUCGUGUCUACUGACAGACUAGAUAAAGAGUCAUUCAUAAACACUGCAAGAGAGUUCAAACUACCAGCCUAUGAACGUGUCUCGCUAAGACAUCCUGGGUUCGUUAGACCUGUGGUUCUUCUGGGUCCUAUUGCUGACAUCACUAGAGACAAGCUCCUACAGGACCUGCCUCAGUACUUUGCCAUUCCAACUGCAUAUGGAGGAAUUACUCCAGCUGGUCACGACAGUCCUACCAAGUCUUCUCGAAGAACCCUCAGUUAUUCUACCAUCAAGACUGUCAUUGAUAGCAGCAAGCAUUGUCUGCUGGAUAUAGCACCAGAUGAGGUGGAAAGACUCAACUAUUCUCAGCUUUAUCCCAUUGUACUCUUCCUCAAGCCAACAAACAAGAAUGUAGUCAAGGAGAUGAGAGCUCAACACGGGUCAGGAAAAGAAUCGGCCAAACACAUCAACAAACUGUAUGAUAAUUCAGUCAAACUUGAGCAGUUCUACUUCAACAUGAUCUCAGCUACAAUUCCCGCGGGACCUAGUGAUGAUUGGUAUGGCCGCGUCAAGGAUGAGAUCAAGAAACAACAAGACAGACGAGUUUGGAUGUCGGAAGAUAAGUUUGAACACGACGAACACGACGUUGAAUUCCGCGUCCACAACCGCUACUCGACGGGAUACGAGUAUGAUUCCCAUGCCGACUCGCCUACAGCCCGAUCAAGUGUGUCCCACCCACCAGAAGAAGAAAUCCGUCCAAGUGCAGAACUAGGAGUAGAAAGUACCCCAAGACACUACAAUGGACCGGAAGUGGAAUACCGGGAUGAUCGUGGUCGCUAUGACGACGAUCGUGACCGUAGUCGCUAUGACGACGACCGUGAUCGUGACCGUAGUCGCUAUGACGAUGAUCGUAACCGCAGUCGCUAUGACGACGACCGUGAUCGUGACCGCAGUCGCUAUGACGACGAGCGUGGUCGCUAUGACGACAGGCCUGAUCGCUAUGACGACGACCGAGAUCGUAGGCCAUACGAUGAUGACCAGCGGUAUGACAGCGACAUCGACCGUCCAAGUAAACCUGGCUACAAGCCACAUGGGAAUAUAGUCAAAGUUCUUCCAUCUUCACAAGAACCUGUAGAACUGCGCGCGUCACUCAGAAAAACCCGUCCUCUCUCAGACGAUUUCACCAACAACCCACCAGACAGUCAAGAUGGCGAGGAGCUGAGACCACGUGACAGCCUGAGAAGGGCUGAGCCCGAGUCGCGCCCUCAAGACGCUGUGAACCCCACAGAACUGGAGCUUAGGUACAAAGCUGAAUCCCUGCGUAAGGUGGAGCCGGAGUCUGACCUUUUGAAGAAGUAUGACGAGAGAGUCGGAGUAAAAGUAUCUGAUCUGUGGGCCAUCGACAACGAGGUGCAGCGUGAGCGUAUCCAACCUCAAGAGGUCAGCAAAGUCGAAAGCAAACCCGAUGACCUCGAACGAAAGCUAGAGGAACUCGAACGUGCCAUUCCUCCUCCCCAGCCAAAAGAAGAACCAAAAAAAGUCAUCCCAGCUCCUUACAGAUUUGAGCCCAAGCCUCGUAAUGUGGUCGUCGACUACCGCUCGAAGGACCGCCCGGAAUCUGUCGUACGUACUUCGUACUACCCGGCGCGCUCAUACGCUACAGUCACUCAUGUCGAGAGUAAAUCCGAGCCUGAGGUGCGCGCGCACGUCAUUGACCGUGUCGAGAGUGCGCCUGUUGUGGAGAACGGUUAUCGCAGUCUACCACGUGACUACGGAAGAGGCGCCGCUGAACCGGAACGAAAAGAAAUCUACCGCGCCGAAGUUACAAUCCCAAGGAAGGAAACCAAACCUGAAAGACCAAAAUCAGCCUAUGGGUACUCCUCACAGGCAUAUGCCCCCAGGCCCUACGGUAGUGAUCGUUCUUCAGAACCUCCACCGCGACCUGCGCAGCCGACGAAUUAUGAUUUCAAGCUCUCCUCUAGACCUCAGCCUGAAAUACGACGUGAACCCGAACCACGUCCGGGGACUUAUCGAUCAGAGUAUCGACCAAAGGUUGCRGAUUUUGAAGCGCACAGAGAUGAUUCGCAGGUCAUAACAAGUGACUUCGAGUCCUUGGAUGACGACACCCAAGUGGUGGCCACAGCACGAGGUACCUUCACCUCUAAGGGCGGCAUCCUCUCUUCACCAGAAUCAGGAGUCAGCAUCCACAUCCCUGAAGGAGCAAUCCCUUAUGGUAUUGAACAAGAAAUCUACUUCAAAGUCUGUAAGGAUAACAAUAUUAUGCCUCCACUGGACACAGAUAAAGGCGAAACCCUUCUGAGUCCAUUGGUCAUGUGUGGGCCCCACGGAACGCAAUUCCUCAAACCUGUUGAGCUCAGACUACCACACUGUGCGUCUAUGACCCCAGAUGGUUGGUCAUUCGCCCUCAAAUCAAGUGAGACACCGACAGGAAUGCCAACGCAAUGGCAGAACGUCUCUAUCCCUGGCCAAGAAAAGAAAGGCGACCCCAACAGCGUAUCCGUAUUGGUUGAUCACUUCUAAAUUCUCAUUACAUACCGCUAAUUAUCUAACCAAGCAAUCUCUACACAGGAACCACUCGGACAUUUUCGACAGAGUGUGUUACAUAUGACCUGGUAACUAGUUUCUACAAGACUGUCAUGUAGAACAUGUCAAUCAAUCAAUCAAUCAUAGUGUAUAUUUUUAUAAUCUCGACGUUCCUAAGACAUAGCAACCCCAAGCCAGUGUUUUCUUUAUUUUGGCCAUUUGUCACGUGACAUCCAUGGUAAAGUUUACUUGCGAGCAAAUUGUGUAUCAUCUACACUGGUUUGGCUACCUGGGUUGCGUGAACAAUAGAUUUUUAGACAUUUUCAAUUUUCCGAUCAGAUUUUAUAUAAGUUGAACUAAAACGGAGUGGAUGAUCCCGUGACCUCGGUUGAGUCCCUAAAAAAAGACAUCAGUAACGCUACAUGGGUCACGCAAUCUUGGUGACUAUACUUGCGCUUUCGUUCAUAAGGCUUUCCUUAAAUCCGACAAAAUCGUACGAAGCAAACGAGUACCCCAAAAAAACGUUAAAUAUUCACACAAAAAUUCAGUUAAGGAUAUAAGUAAUGUAAUUCUUCGAUUGUACGUUACGUCAUCGCGGCCAUGUUGGUGCCAUUUAACAAAAGAUUUCUCAUUAGCACCCAUUGUUAACGGUACCACAAUGGCCGCCAURCUUUUGUCUUUUGACUCUCUUGGGAAUGCUUGCAAUCCAUCAAUACUUUUGUUCAAGAAUAAUUUUGUUUUGGAAGCUAGGUACGCCUUUUGCGGCUCUAAGAUUUUUUUUUUUUUUUUUUUUUGAAUUUUUGCAUUUAAACGACACCAAUAUUUUCAUUAGAAAAUAAGAAAUUUCUUUCUCGAUAUUUUAGUUUGCAAAUUUUCUUUUGAUGAUCAAGUGAAUAAUAUUUAGGGAUACAAUAUAAAAAAAAGGGCAUUGAAGAAAAUAGUAAAGGCUUUUUAGUUUAAAUUUUUCGCAUCAAAUUAUCAAGUUAUGUAGACACAAAGCAGGCACUUUAUCCAAAGCACUUAUCUUAAAGGAAAAUCAUAUCCAUUAACAAUGGAUUGAAUAUACACUAUAAAGAAUGCCUCGUAAUCUUAUAACACUUAAAAAUGCUUGAUUUUAAUCGUAAUCAUUAAAAACUAACAAUUGUAUAAAA